CUCUGGCCUUGAGCAUCCAGAACAGGGACCGGAGAGCCGAGUUGAUCCGAGCCCCUAGGCCCUGCCCCCCCAUCACAUUAGAAUACUGCCUAACAAGAACAAUCUGUGUGGAGCCAAGGAGCCCAGUCCUUUUCUGGGAAGCAAGGCAGCCAGAGAGGGAGGAAGGGAGGAAAGGAGAGGAGAGGGGGAAGGAGGGAUUUGUCCCGAUGGCAAAGAACUUUACGUUUUAUUUUUUUCUGUGCCAAUCAGAGAAACCUCCAGUCUGAAAUCUGAAACUGUAGAAUUACUGUUGGAGGAGGUGAGUCAGGCACGUUUUCCCAUCCUCUCAGUUCAUUUUCCCAUCCAUUUUCCUCAAACUCUAAAGCAUCCACAGUUCUAGAGGAGCCUUUUCUGUGUGUGACCACUUCUGUGGAUGGUCCUAUAGGAGAUGACGUUCCUCAUGGCACUUAAUCUGAUUGGUCUGUUGGUGACGCUGUGGUCCAGCAGCCCCAGUCUGGCCACACCCCUCCCUUUCAACAUUUCAUUGGAGGGAAGUGCAGAGGGGGAGGAGCUAGACAGCCUCAUUGACACCCCUUCCCCACCUGCCACCAGUGGCCCUGCCUUGGAGUCCUCAACCACCUCACAUGGCUCCACCCACGUAGAGCACUUAUUGCUCAGGCAAAUGGUUCACUUCCUGCAGGAUAACCUGUUCCUCAUCCUAGUUUUCUUCACACUCUUCAUCACUAUCUUCCUCAUCCUCUGCUGUGCUUGCAUCAUGAGCCGCAAACGAAAGAUCAAUGCCUACUACCCCUCGUCCUUCCCCUCUAAGAUGUACGUGGACCAGAGGGACAAGACCGGAGGUACCAAGCUUUUCAACGAGUUGCCAGAGAAACCCUCCAACCGGCAGCAGGCUGAGCCAGUGGACUCCAGCAAGAAGCUCCAUCAUGACAUCAUGAAGGCAGCCAAGAACCUCCGUACUCUCUCCAAGCCUCCCCUGGGAGAGCAAGAGGGAAAAGACCCCACACAGAUAUCUGCAGCAGCAGAGAAAAGUCAUGAGGUGAAUGUUCAGGCUGUGGGAGAAAUAAUAGAGAAAGACAAUCAGCCAUCAAAUCCACCAGAGCUGAGUGAGGAGGAGGUAUGCCAGCUCUCAGUCAAUGAAGCCCAACAUAGCAGCUGCCUUGAGCAGUCAGAAAUCUUUCCGGAACAGACAGGCCUAAAAAAGGAUGAUGAGUCAUUCACAUGAGCUGAGUCUCCAUCUGGCCAAGGGCACUCACAGGCUCAGCAGGAAAAGGACAGGCAAGAGGACUCCACUGUCACACUGUCUAUUCCGUUGAUCACUGGAGAGAAAACAGCACUUUUGCUAUGCUCUCGACACUAUGUUUGAUCUCAAUGGUUUGGACCAAUUUUGCAUGAGUGACAAUCUUUAAGGCAAACCUGUCAGCUUUGUUUACUGCUCUUUGGAUUUACCAAAUUAUGUCUGUUCAGUUAUAUGUAAUCAUAUACUUGAUUUACUUCUGUUUCCCAGUAGCCAUCUUUCAAUGUAUCUCUCUCUAAAAGAACAACACUAUGUAACCUGCCAUCUUUCAAUGUCUCCCUAAAAGAACAACACUAUGUAACCUGCCAUCUUUCAAUGUGUCUCCCUAAAAGUACAACACUAUGUAACCUGCCAUCUUUCAAUGUGUCUCUCUAAAGGGUUAACACUAUGAAACCUGACCAUACACCCCUAUAUAUGCUGUCUUGUUUGAUGUUUCUGUGUUUUUAUUUGUACAAUGGCCAAAGUAAUGGUGCUGCAUCUUGUUUUUCUCCCUCUUCCAUUCUUUGAUAGGUUAGUGAGGUGUUUAUCCUAGGUUAGAGAUCAUUUUCAGGGCAAUUUGAGGUUGCUUUUUCUUGAAGAACAAAUAUGGAUAAGUACAGGGCAAGUUAGCCUAUUUUAGAAUCCCAGAGUUAAAUACUUACACACUCCUCUUUAACAUGUAGGCUCAGCAUUCCCGAACAGUCCCAUUACAAGUCAGAAUGUUGAACACACUUUAAUUAAAUGUACUUCUUGUCCACCGAUUUUGUCCUUAUGUCAGAGAUAAUCUGAUACAAAAUAUCCACAUAGAAGCAUUAUCAAGCUUUUAGAGACUAUUGCAUUUUUUUUUUUACAGCGACUGAGUAACCAUGGUAACAGUCUAAUGUUUAGACAAAGGUUAAGUUCACCAUGAGCACCUCAUGGUGCAGCAUCUGCCACAACUUGAACUCAGACAGUAUGUCUCCAACAUUAAGGGAGGUAUAUUUACAUUAUAAAACCUGUGUGUAGUUAGUCAAAUGUUUAUCCUGUCUCUUGAAACACUUCCAUUAAAGGGCCAAUCUGGAGUUCAAAAAGCCAUCACACCACCAUUGGUUUUGGUAAAGAGCUGAGAGAACUAGAACCACUCAAAGUCAUAGACAGAGCUAUGGAUACAAGCACUGGACAUCCAUAAGCUCAAAUUGAUAAUUUUAACCAUGUUUUGAAGCUAUACAGUAUGUUUACAUUUACAAACAUUGGGAGAUAAACAAGUGUAUAUUUUGGGUUUUGAUGGGGCGCAACAGUUGAACUAAGCUCAUGAAGUAUUUAGAAGUUCUAUUCAUCAAGAAUCAAUGGCUAUAUAUAUAUAUAUAUAUGCAUCAUUCAUUUAAAGCUGUAAUAUGUAACUUUUUGGGCAACCUGAGCAAAUUCACAGAAAUUAAAGUAUCAUUCUCAUUGAAAGUCUAAAAAGCAGCAGAUCUGUUCUAUGCUUCCCGUUCUUGUGUUAGUUUUAGAGGCUUUGACUUUCGGUUUUGUACAACAGCUUCAAACAAUAUUUUUGCUUACGUGAAACGUAUUUCACAGCGGUUUAGAUGUUACAAUGAUUCUCUACACUACAUUUGCUUUCGUCACAAAGUGAAAUUAGGCAAACUGUUACAAUUUCAGCAACCAGGAAAUGGCAGAGCAAUUUCUGCAUAGUGCAGAUUCCAAAAGUAGAUGUAGCAACUCCGAAAUGACCAAUUAAGUGACAACCGUUGCUCUGCUGCAGAACCAGGUCCUGUGAAAGAACUUGGGAAAGCACCAAACAUAGCAGUCUACUCUACUCGUACUGUGCCAUUACAAUACAGGCUGGUUAGUCGUGUGUGGUGUGGUUGAAAACAUGACCAGACACAUACCAAAAAUGGUUGUAGAAGUGCUGCUUUCUUUAUUUUCAGUCUUCUUUGGUUGAAUAUGGUAGAAAUUGUGAAGACAGUAGAGAUUCUAAAAUGUGUUGUGUUUGGUAUUUGAUAAAAGCAGAACCAUGAUCUGCAUUUAUGGAUGAAGUCAAUGUAUUUACAUGGCUCCGGAUAAAGUAUGCCAACGAUGCCAUCUAGUGGAGAAUACAAGCAUUGCUCUAAUUUCUGGUAGUCUGCACACUGCUGAGAACAAAAGACAAUACCUUAACCGGAUUAUAGAGACCUUGCAUGACAAAAAAAAGAAAAAGACAUAACAUACUACGUACACGUCUUACUUUAUUAAUUUGCAUUACAACCAGGAAGUCUGAAAUGUGACAAAAGAAGCCAAAUAGAUACCUUAACAGUUUGCUGUCAUUUUAUAUCUCCUGCACUGCAUUUCCUCAUUGCCUUCAAAACAUUUGUGCUACAUGGGUGUUGAUGGGACACCUUUAGAAAUCUUAUUCAAUACUUCACCACAGCAUCCAUAAUCA